UGAAACUGUCUGUGGAAGACAAAAAAUGGCGGUGAAACUGAUAGUAGAUACAACUGUUAUGCACACAGUCAAUUCCAUUUCCAUGGUCUCUUCCCUUGUUUGCUUUUCUCACUGGAAGUCAGUUUCUCUCUGGCUGGGUUUCAAUGGCCUCCCCUGCAUCUCUUCCUUCAUCUGCUGAAUCACCAACCGCUUGUCCGUCAAAUUACGAUGUGUUUUUGAGUUUCAGUGGUCUUGACACUCGAAAAGGUAUUACAUCUGAAUUAUAUGAGCGGCUGCAUAAACAGAGAGGAAUUAUAACAUUCAUGGAUGAUCGAGAUCUUGAACCAGGGGAUCCUAUAUCUCGCACCCUACUAAAAGCGAUUGAAGCAUCAAGGUUUGCAAUUGUUGUCCUUUCUCCAAACUAUGCCUCUUCUACUUGGUGUUUGGAGGAACUUGCCAAGAUCUGUGAGUGCAUGAAAGACCAGAACAGAAUUCUGCCGCUUUUCUAUAAGGUGGAACCCUCUGAUGUACGGCACCGGAAGGGGAGUUUCGGAGAAGCUUUCGAUAAGCAUAAAAGUUGUGGGCGACACACAUCAGAACAGCUGGAGCAAUGGAGUCUUGCUUUAAACAAAGUGGCCAGUUUCACUGGGUGGCACACAAAGAAUUAUAAGACUGAUAGAGAACUUGUGGAGGAAAUUGUGGAUUCUGUGUGCAACAGAAUACGACCUUUUGAAAUUGACUUGACAUUGGCCACCGGAGAUUUUGAAGUGUUUGAAGCAACAAACGAAGCCAUGGGUGAGGUUAUGAAGGUGCUUCAGGAUGAUGACGUCGGUGCCGUUGUGGUCUACGGAAUGGGAGGCGUCGGCAAGACAACCCUGGUAAAAUAUGUCGGUGCAGAUGCCCGACAAAGUGGGAUUUUUCAUUAUGCGAUUAUGGCUGUUGUAUCCCAAAGCCCAGACAUAGAAAAGAUUCAAGGCACAUUGGCAGAUAUGUUGGGCGUUAAAUUGGAGGGGGAGACAGAAUUUGGAAGAGCUGUUAGAUUGAAAAGAGAGAUAAUGAGAAGAGAAAAAAUCCUUAUAAUGUUGGACGAUGUCUGGCAGAGAAUAGAGUUGUCAAAUAUAGGGAUUCCCAGCUAUGAGGAGCUUCAAAAGUUCGGGUCCAAAGUGCUAUUCACCACAAGGAAAUUGAACGUCUGUCAUGCCAUGAGUUGCCAAGAAAAGAUCAUCACCCUCAACGUUCUCUCAGAAAAAGAUUCUUGGACCUUGUUUUUAAGAAACGCAGGAACAAUUGAGUCCACCGCAUUUGAGGAAGUGGCGAGGAGGGUAGCUAAAGAAUGCAAGGGUCUACCGAUUGCAUUGAUAGCUGUUGCAAGGGCACUCAAAGGUGAGGAGGACCUGAAGGAAUGGGAAAAAGCAUCUCAACAACUAGAGAAGUCGCAAUAUGCCAAUCCCAACCAUGAGGAAGAUGACAAAAAUGCAUUCAAAUGUAUACGAUUAAGCUAUGAUUUCUUGAAAAAUAAAGACCACAAGUCGUGCUUCUUGCUCUGUUGCAUGUUCCCAGAAGACCAUGAAAUCAAAAUAGAAGACUUGUUCCGGUACGCGAUGGGAAAAAGACUGUUUCCAGAAGCCGAAACAAUGGAAGUAGCCAGAGGAAGAUUAGUGACAGUGGUCAAGUACCUGAAAGGUUCUAGCUUGCUUUUGGAUAGCAAGAAAAAAGGAUGUGUAAAGAUGCAUGAUGUCAUACGCGAUACAGCCCUUCAAAUUGCCGAAUCUGAAGAUGGCCAUCAGUUUUUUGUGAAAGCUGGCUGUGGUUUAAAGGGUUGGCCGCCACAUGGAUUACAAGAAUACUGCAUUGCGAUUUCACUGAUGAACAACAAAAUUUGCAAGCUACCGGAAGAUGAGUUAGUAUUUCCAAAUCUCCAUAUUUUAUUACUAAACGGGAAUGCUGAACUAAGUGAGAUCCCAGAAAAGUUGAUCCAGAAUCUGAAGGAGUUAAGGGUCUUGGAUCUUAGCAACACUAGUAUUUCCGUAUUACCUGAAUCAUUUAGUGUCCUCACCAACCUUCAAGUUUUGAAUUUAGAUGAUUGCGACAAAUUGAUUGACAUUUCCAUAGUGGGAAAACUUAAGAAGCUUGAAAUUCUUAGUAUGAGAGACUGUCCCGGGGGGAAAUUGUCGAGAGAAAUAGGACAUUUGACCAAUCUAAGGAUUUUGGAUGUCAAUCGCUCUUGCCCACCAACAGUUGGAGGAAUGGUUACAAUUCCAUCUAGAGUGAUAUCAAAGUUGCAUAAAUUAGAAGAAUUGUACAUGGUGUACUGUGGAUUUAAAGACCGGCGUACGUGGACAUGGCGUACAUGGUUUACAUGGUGUGUUUUUGGUAUUUUUCCUAAGCGACCAACCAAUAUUAUUAGGUUUGAUAAGUUAGCUGGUUUAUCAAAUCUGAAAAUAUUGCAGGUUGGCUUAUCUGAUGAAAGUUUCAUCCCUAAAAAUGUUGAGGCUGCACCAGAUUGGGAUUACUUUUGUAUAAGUAUCAUUGGCAGAUGCACCAAUACUAUGUACGCCUCCGCUGCAUACGAACAAGGAGAUCAUAAUUCAAGAUCCUUGAUUCUUAAUGGAGCAACCAUCAGUACCUUGCCUGAUUGGUUUAUCAAUGCAGUCAUAAAGAAAACAAAGAAGCUAAAGUAUGAUCGCUGCGGAGGAAUGAGUGACAUUGUUAUGGAAUAUGACCAUGGGAGGCUACAUAAACUCAAGCAUCUCAUAGUUUCUGGGUAUUUUCUUGAUUCCUAUGUGUACUUGACAGAGUUGAUGAACACAACAACACGAGUUGAAACAGGACCAAUGUUUGAGAGUUUGGAAGAGUUGUAUCUGCUAGAUCUGAUCCACCUUGAGGAGUUGUGUGUUGGUGAGCUACCACCUGGUUCUCUCUCAAAUCUCAAGGUAUUGCAUAUGCAUGGUUGUUUUAUCUUGAAGAGUGUUUCAAAAUUUGUACAGAGACUACCAAAUCUGGAGAAACUAUAUUUAGAUUGGAUGAAGGAAUUGGAAUAUGUGUUUGGAUCCGAAGGGUGUGAGCCAGAACAAUCAAAACUGAGAGAGAUGCAUUUGUUGUGUCUAAAUGCACUAAAAAACAUAUGUAAUGGUCCCGCUCCACGCGCAAUGUUCCAGAGUCUUAAAAGCUUGACCGUGUUCAAGUGUAACUCGUUAAAAAGUCUGUUCGCAUCUGAUGUAGCUCAGUAUCUUGUUCAAUUGGAAGACUUUCUUGUAGAGAGGUGUCCUUUGUUGGAAAGAGUAAUGGAUGCAGUGAACAAAGAUAAGACGGUUCUACCAAAAUUGAAGAACUUGGUUUUGAAGAAUCUUCCUAAGUUGUAUGGUGCAAGUGCUACUACUGUUGAUAUUGAGUGUCCUUCAUUGGAACACUUGGUGGUGGAGAAUUGCCCCAAGCUUCUAUUUUCAACCUCUGCUACUCACUACUUUGGCAGCAGGAACUCAGUCCAACUCAAUGAUCCGCGACUGUACCGUUUUCUACGUGACAGAUGCAAGAAUGUAUCUACAUUUAAUGAAGUCUAAGUGGAUAUGGGGAGCAUAUGUAAUGGUUCUGCUGAUGUGCAAUGUUUCACACUAGUUAAAGUUUGUUCGUUCACUACAUCUUUCUGGAAAGAGACUCCAAAGCUUAUGCAGUUCGUUAUCGUUUUCACUUGGCAUUUGGGAAGACCCCUUGCCAUUUGCUGGAGAAAUUAACUGAAGUAAGGCAGAAAGCAAGGUUACUGUGAAGAACAAGAAGAGUGUUCAUCCAACAUUGAAAAACUUAGUUUUAACAUAACUUCCUAUCUGUACUAUGAAACUGCUAGUAUUGAUUUUGUUUGUUCUUCAUUAGACACAUGUAUAUAUGUAAAGGAGUGCAUCCUGUUAUGAUUUUCAACCUUUGUUUCUAUCGUCAAGGUAUGAUGCUGUGUCAUGAAAUUAAAUUCCUUUU